CAGCACAGAGGCAGCGUGUAGGAUACAGCAGAGUGUGUGAGGAGGAAACAGGCUGUGGGAUGCUGACAGACUCUUCAUAGAUGCUUAAAAUGGCGAGAGCGUCUUGGAUCCCAGUGAGCCACUGAGCAGCAGAUUGGUUGAUUGGAAUAUCUCGCAGCCGCGUCUGGAUGUUUGAUUUGCGUUUUGAUUUUGUUUUUGUUUUGCAAACCCGCUGCUUCGCCAACAUUCAGCGCUGUGUAUUUUCACGAGUGCCGGAGUAUUUCUCUGUGUUUAAAUGGCAUCCACACGGCGCCAGUGCCCUGUUUCGUGCUCUUUGGGAAUCCUUCUAAAUGCUUUCAUCGGUGCAGUUUUGGGAGCUGAACUCUCUUUCAAGCUGGAGCCCAGCGACAUCACUGCUGUUCAGGAGCAGCCGCUGAUGCUCCACUGCCAGGUGGACGGCAUACCACCCAUCACCACGCAGUGGAGGCGCAAUGGCCUGCUCCUGGCUCAGGACCGCCAUCAUACCACCUUCAUCAACGGCUCACUUUUGAUCGUCCACUUCCAAAAGACCAAGCCUGACGGCUCGUCUGAUGAAGGCGACUAUGAGUGCAUGGCCCAGAACUCUUUUGGGCGAGUGGUGAGCCGGAAGGCCCGAAUUCAGGCAGCCACUAUGGCAGACUUCCAUGUGCAGCCAGAGUCGGUGCAUGCUGAAGAGUCUGGCGUGGCUCGAUUCCAGUGCCAGAUCCAUGGUCUGCCAGAGCCGGUUAUUAGCUGGGAAAAAGACAGACGCCCAGUGGACACUACAAAUGAGAGGUAUACUCUGCUACCAACAGGUGUUCUGCAAAUCACGGGCGUGCGUGAAGAGGACAGCGGAAAGUUCUGCUGUGUGGCACACAACAGUGCUGGAGUAAAACACAGUGCAGAGGCUCUCCUAACUGUUUCAGGCUCUCAGUCGUCUGUUUACAAAGAGCCUAAGAUUCUCGUCGGCCCGGAGAAUCUUACCCUCACUGUUCACCAGACCGCCAUCCUGGAGUGCGUUGCCACGGGAUAUCCUCGCCCCAUUGUGUCUUGGAGCAGAUUAGAUGGCCGACCCAUCGGAGUGGAGGGAAUUCAGGUGCUUGGAACAGGAAACCUGAUGAUCUCAGAUGUUGGUGUGCAGCACUCUGGCGUUUAUGUUUGUGCUGCGAACAAACCGGGGACACGCGUUCGCAGGACAGCUCAAGGACGACUAGUAGUCCAAGCUCCAGCAGAGUUUGUUCAGCCUCCGCAGUCCAUCGCUCGACCGGUUGGCACCACGGCGAUCUUCACCUGCCAAGUGCAGGGUGAGCCUGAGCCGCAGCUCACCUGGCUGAAGAACGGGCAGGUUCUGGAGCCAGGGGGGCAUGUUAAACUCAGGAACAACAACAGCACCCUGACGAUCAACAGCCUCAGCCAGGAGGAUGAGGCCAUCUACCAGUGCAUUGCUGAGAACAGCGCUGGCUCCACUCAGGCCAGUGCUCGGCUCACCGUGCUAUGGGCGGAUGGACUGCCUGGUGAGCCCACCCAGGUGCAGGCCGAGGCCCUCUCCCCCACCACCAUUCAGGUGUCCUGGAAGGAGCCCGACCAGAACACUCAGGACAUCAUCGGUUAUGUGCUCCACAUUCGCAAGACAUCAGACCCGCUGGAAAUGGAGUAUGAGGAGGCGGUCAGUAAGGUGACACUGCAGCAGGUCAUCCGUGACCUGGAGCCCUCCACCAGUUACACUUUCUACGUUAAGGCUUACACUUCCCACGGAGCCAGCAAACCGUCAGAGAGUGUUGCAGAGAGCACUCACGGCGAGGUUCCAGCUCCUCCUUCACUUUUCACCAAAGUGUUGAACAGCAGCGUUGUACAAGUAACGUGGGAAUCUUCCUCCAAGUUGGGCCAACAUCAAGGCUUCAGACUCUACUACAGGAGAGCGCACACACCAAUGUUCAAUGGUCCCAUCCACUUUCUUCGCAACAUCACUCAGUACAACAUCACUCAACUCGAUUCUUCUAUGGUUUAUGAGAUAAAGCUUCUGGCAUACAACCAACACGGAGAUGGGAAUGCCACCACGAGAUUCAUUUCACUUCGUGAGGCGCUGGAAAAAUCUGUGCUGGACGGCUCAUGUGACUGCGUGAAAGACGAACAGAGCAAAACCUCCACCACCGGCAUCAUAAUUGGAAUCCACAUCGGUGUGACUUGCAUCGUCUUCUGCGUGCUCUUCCUCGUGUUCAGCUACCGCGGCAGGCUAAUGAUGUGUAAGACAGUCCAGGCCACCCCCCAGGCAGGGCACAGCGCAGUCCUGGAAUCCUCUUCCUCUUCUCAGGGGGCCUCUGGGCUCAACGGGGCUGCUAGGAGAGAGAUGGAGGUCAAUGGCAGCGCUGCAGGGAAGAAAGUGGUCGACAGCAACGAGCUUGAGAGACUCUUCACUCAGCCCAGCACACAGGAUGCCUGCAUGUCAAACUCCUACAUUCUGAACAACACCCAGCUGUCGACGAUACCGUUGGAUGAGUUUGUAGAGGAGAGGGAGACGCCCUUUCAGGAGCAGUCUUCAGUCGCUGCGGCUCAGCCGGACCAAGGCUAAUCAUGUAUGAAGGCCCAUUCACAUUCGACACUUCUAGUGUCCACUUAGACUUUUCUCUCACUCAGGUCAACAAGUGUUUCUUUUCAAAGUAUUCUUUCCUUUUGUGCAAAGAAUUUUUUUAUGAGUAAGUUAAGAGGUUCUGGAGGAUCUGGGACGGUUUAUUGGAGUGUUUUAUUCAUUUUAUGGUGUUUGGCAGCACAGAAAAUAGAGACCCCUGAAUGUCCUUGUUGAAGAUGUAUUUUUUUGAUGAUAUAUGAACUGUCACUGGGAAAUUUGAAAUAGUCACAAAAUUGUAUCAGUCAAAUUGUGCACACAGGUGUAAUUUAUGCUACAAUUUUUGCAUUAAAAUAUUCUUUAAAAUAACCUUAAAAUUUCGUAAAACAGACCCGAAAGGAGUGAGUGUUGUAAGGUCUGCUGGAUAGUGCUAUAUAAAAACAAUUAGCUGGAGGACCCCAAAUAUAUAAAAUGCUUUGUUCUGCUGUAUACAAGUGAGAUUUUCUGGAUUUUGUGACUAUUUCACAUUUUUCUGAGACCAGACUUUGAGAUGCACAUGCAUACCCGCAUUCUGACCCUCUCAUCCAUUUGUUGAAGCAGUUAUAAGUUGUUGGUCUUAUCUCUGUGUAACUGUGGAUGUCAAAGACUCGCUGCCUGCUCUUAACCACCAAUGAUUCCACCUUCGUGCUCAGAAAACCUCAACCUUCUUCCAGGGAUUCAAUAUCUUCUGUCUCAGGACUUUGUUUCAGUAAUAUCAACAUUUUUUAUGAGUUUUUGGCCUUCAUGCAGGUUCUAGACUUGGCUGUGUGAACCUUACAAGUGGAUAUAAGCCUACCUCAGCCGGAAUGAAUGUGUUGCGGGAAGCUGUAAUGACUUUCCCUUCCCCUGUGCUCAUGAUCACUCGACAGAUUUGGAGGAAUCAGUUGGUUGCAUAACUACGACAUCAGGUGCUGCUCUACCUCAGAAGUCAACAAUCGUCUCUCCUCUCCUUAAUGAUGUAAAAACGGACAAAAGAGCAUCCAACGUAAAGCACUUCCAAAUGCUGAAAUUAUCGUUCUACCUCAAGAUAACAAAGUUAAUGUUGUCACUGUUGUUGUUGUAGUUUGUUUUAUUUUUUUAUUGCAUAAUGAAGACCCUUCUUUUUCUCCCUGUGUGAAGUCCCCCCACCCCCACGUGUUGCUGAAUAUGAUGUUCGUAGAGUGUCAGUACCUCAUGCAAGAUGACAGACGGAUAACAUUGUAUACAAUGAGCUGAAAAAUAUGUAUGAACUAAAUUGGGAGCUAUCUUCCUUUUUAUUUAAAGGUCACAUGUGUCAAUAGUGAUAGGUUGAGUGUAAGAAAAGGUUAAUUAGAGAUACACUGCAUUGCUGUUUAUAUCCUCAAGUAUUGAAGUGGAAAAGAUCUGAUAUUUAUUGUCAAACUAAACAGGAAGCAGUAUAUUAUCUUUAUUGUCUCUUUUUGGGACAAUGAAGGCUGUUUCUGUUCUAUUCUUCUAUUGUAUUAAUACGCUAUAGUUUUGUUUUUAAUCUAUUUAAUCCUAUCAGACAGAUAAUGGGGAUUUAAUAACUAAAAAAAAAGAAAUUAUUUUUCUAAAAUUACUGGUGAUAACACUUUAAUGACUAAUGUUUUAGCAAGUAUUCACUAGAGAUGAGAAGGUCAAUGCUACUCUUUUAUCUAUUUUUCCAUCCGUUUUUGUCCAGCUGGCAAUCUGAGAAGUUGAGUCAGUAUAACUGGGCAACAACGUUUAACAACAAAUAUGUAACUAAUUAUACUAGAUCUCUAUGUUGUUGGUUCGUAAAAGAAGGAGCAGCAUCUCAGAACACCAAGCUCAAAUAAUUUACACAAUAUUCAAACGUUUUAACUUUGUCAAACAAAGUUAUUGCGAUUUUAUGUGAAUCAACUAGACAAAAUAGUGUAUAUUUGUGGGGUGGAGGAAAAAUAAUACACUGCUUUGAAAAAUCUGAAAAGUAUGGUGUGUAUAAAUAUUCAGUGCCUGGGCUCCAGAUUUUUUCAUCAGUUUUCAAACCCUUCCUACAAAUUUUGAGUUAUAAUUAGACUUCGACUGAACUGAUCAAAAACAUUAACAUUUCUCAAUUUAGACAUUUCUAUUGUAACUCUGACUAAAUGUUGU